CACACACUACACCAGCACACACCACCAGCACACACCACCAGAGCCCGAUCCGCUCAGCCUCACCUCGGAGGGAAGACGCAGAGGCAGCAGCAGCGGGAACAUGCUGCCGCUCCGGCCGUCUCACUGACUCAUCCCACCGCCAGAAGGCUGUUCUGCGGGCUUACGCGCCACGAUCCCCCCCCCCCCCGGCAGGACCUCCGCGCUGCAGAGGGAGAAUUUAAACAUAUAUUGAUCGGAAGACCUGGAUUUUGCGUAGCAGCCAUGGGUAGCAAGACUCUGCCAGCACCCGUGCCUCUCCACCCAUCCCUCCAGCUGGCCAACUACUCCCUCCUCCAGAGCUCCACCGGCCUCCAGUUGCCAGCAGACCAUUUUCACAGCAUCUACAGCUUCAGUGCCUUACACGCCAUCCAUCUCCAUCAGUGGACCCUCGGCUACCCGCCUUUGGCUCUGCCCCGCUGCACCAUUUCCAAGCUGCCGGCUCAGUUUUCCUCCAUGGCCUCCAUCCCCAUAUUCCCUCACCUCUUGCAACCCAAGCAGGGUGCCGCAGGGCUGCUGCAGAGCUCCAAGAACAAGCCCCGCUUUGACUUUGCCAACCUGGCGGCAGCAGCCACCCAGGACGAUCAUCUGAAGGCAGAGGACCUGAGCAUGACGGGGGCCGCUGCAGCAGCACAGGCGUCACCUCACCACGCGACCUCAGUCGGCCUUGGAUGCCUCCUGGAUGUGACCAAACUCUCCUCACCGGAACGCAAGUCCAGCCGAGGCCGACUGCCCUCCAAGACCAAGAAAGAGUUUGUCUGCAAGUUCUGCGGCCGCCAUUUUACCAAAUCCUACAAUCUUUUGAUCCACGAGAGAACGCACACAGACGAGAGGCCGUAUACCUGUGAUAUCUGCCACAAGGCCUUCAGAAGACAGGACCACCUUCGGGACCACAGGUACAUUCAUUCCAAAGAAAAGCCCUUCAAAUGUCAGGAGUGCGGGAAGGGCUUCUGUCAGUCCAGGACUCUUGCAGUCCACAAAACAUUACACAUGCAGGUCAAAGAACUGAAGCCAGCCAAGAUCAAGUGAUCGACUCUGCCAGCAGGGGAAGGACGGGGACACUGGAAAAACCAUGACCAAAGACGACAAUAGGCAAAGAACAACCAAAAACUUUUUACUUUCAGCAGUAGAAAGAGAGCCCUCUGUUUCUGUGUGGACACUCCUCAAGGAUGGAACAUUUGACCAGACAAUUCUUAAAGACAUAAUACUGAAAUAAGCCUUUGUGGAUAAGUGUAUGCUUAGUUAUCAAAGCCUGACUUGGCAGAGAACCCAGUGGAUGUGUGGAAUGUGAAAUCGACCUUAAAAAAAAACCCUGUGGCUGCUCAGUGCAAAUAAUUUGCUCAGAAGCUUAUAAUCCAAAGACUUUAUAAAAAAAAGGGACACGACUCUCAUGUAUUUUUACAAAGAAUGAUUAAAGCCAUGUUCGUAUAUAAAUUUUCAUCCUUUUCAAUAUCACAUUCCAAUGAUAUUUUUGUACAGAUGCAUUAUAUCAAAAAUGUAUUUUUGCACUUUAACCU